UUCACCACGCCACAGGGUGAAAUGUUUUAUUUCCAAGGUGCUGACAUUCCAUCAAAGUACGACCUUGUCAACUGGCAGAACACCCCUGAGGGGUCACUCAAUCUUGUUUUGAUCGGUCGUGAGGACGGGUUUGACCUCAUCCUUAAUGAAUCAGCUAUUCAAUGGAGCACAGGAUCCAAUCAGGUGCCUGUUUCAGUGUGCAGUGAGAGCUGUCCCCCAGGUACCAGAAAGGCCAAUAGGAAAGGAGAACCUCUCUGCUGCUUUGACUGUAUCCCAUGUGCUGAAGGGGAGAUUGGCAAUCAAACUGACUCCCUUCACUGUGAGCAUUGUCCAUCUGAGUUUUGGUCCAAUACUAAGCGAACUGCCUGCAUCCCUCGCCAGCUGGACUUCCUUUCCUUUAAUGAAACGUUGGGCAUCACCCUGACUACAGCAGCUGUGUCUGGUGCCGCGGUGACAACAGCUGUGUUCGUGGUGUUUCUUUGCUACCGUCAAACACCAGUGGUGCGGGCAAACAAUUCAGAACUGAGCUUCCUGCUCCUCCUGUCUCUGAAGCUGUGCUUCCUGUGCUCACUGGUGUUCAUUGGUCGUCCAUCAGUCUGGUCUUGUUGGAUCCAACAGGCAGCUUUUGGGAUCAGCUUUGUACUUUGUGUUUCUUGUCUCCAAGUCAAGACUAUAGUUGUUCUGGCAGCUUUCCGCUCAGCUCGGCCUGGUGCUGAAGCCUUGAUUAGGUGGUUUGGUCCAGGCCAACAGAGAGGAAGCGUUUGUCUUCUUACUUGUGUACAGAUUAUCAUCUGUGUGACAUGGCUGUCCCUCAGCCCCCCUGUGCCAACGUGGGGUAUCCAGGGGUCAAAGGUCACCUUGGAGUGUGCCAUGGACUCUGUGAUCGGCUUCUCUCUGGUUCUGGGUUACAUUGGUCUGCAGGCCUGCACCAGUCUCCUCCUGGCCUUUCUUGCUCGGAAACUCCCUGACAACUUUAACGAGGCCAAACUGAUCACCUUCAGCAUGCUGAUAUUCUGUGCUGUCUGGGUGGCCUUUGUCCCUGCUUACAUUAGCUCUCCUGGGAAAUACACUGUUGCUGUGGAGGUUUUUGCAAUCCUGGCCUCUAGCUAUGGUUUACUGCUCUGCAUUUUUGCCCCCAAAUGUUUCAUAAUUCUCUUGAGGCCUGAGAAAAACACAAAGAAACACUUGAUGGCCCGAUGA